AUGCCCUCAGCAACCAUUGUCCCUGUGGCCCCUGUGGUCGAAGCUGAUAGCAAACUGACCAUAACUGGCAUCACACCGACACCAGAGCGGCUAACAAAUGGACAAUCCAAAGGGCGUCAACUGGAUGCGAAGCUACUGGGUCUAAAUCCCAAUCUGAUCACGUCAUACCCGACACACUCGCUUGACUUCCUCAAGAAGCUCAGGGAUCAAGGCGACAAGCAGAAUGGUUUACGGCAGCAGACGCGUCCCAUACCCCAGGCAAAGCUGCGAAUGGAUAUUGUGGUCGUCGGCGCAGGACUUGGCGGUCUCGCAGCGGCCAUUGCUCUAGCUCUGAGAGGCCACUCCGUCACGGUGCUAGAGCAAGCACCUGCUCUCGAAGAGGUCGGCGCCGGCAUACAAAUCCCUUCCAACACCAGCCGUCUGCUCUGGCGGUGGGGCGUCUUCGAGCACUUGGAUGAACUCGCGGUGAAGCCCAACUGCAUCAACUUCCGUCGCUGGGAGAACGGCGCGGUCAUCGGACAUACGAAGCUCGAGCCUGAUUUCCAGCAGAACUAUGGUGCGCCUUACUAUGUCGCCCACCGUGCUCACCUCCACCGGGCACUUUCGGAGCGGGCGGCUAGCCUAGGAGUCGCGGUGCGGCUCAACAGCCGCGUAACCAAAUAUAAUGCCGAGAGCGCCUCAGUGACGUUGUCUGAUGGAACGGUGGUUAGGGGCGACCUCGUGGUUGCUGCUGAUGGAAUCAAGUCGCUUGCACGAGAUACUUUGCACCCCAACACGGCGGCUCAGCCGUCGUUCACCGGUUUUGCAGCCUACCGCGCCACUGUCGAUGUGGAGAAGAUGAAGGCCGACCCGUCUCUGCUCUGGCUCCUGGAGAAGCCAUCUCUCAAUGUCUGGAUCGGGGAGAACAGGCACGUCAUGACCUACACCAUGGCAGGGGGGAAGUCAUUCAACAUGGUUCUGUCGCAUAUUGACCAUUCCGACCCGGCAACGUGGAAAUCAGAGGGCGUCUUGGAGGACAUCAAGCGAGAAUUUUCCGGAUGGGACAGCCAGUUGAUGAGCAUCAUCUCCCUCAUCGACGCCUCCCUGAAAUGGCCGCUCCGCAGCGGCCCGUGUCUCGACAACUGGGUCGACCGGUCGUCCCGCCUCGUGAUCCUGGGCGACGCCGCACACGCCAUGGUGCCGUACAUGUCCCAAGGCGCGGCCAUGGCGAUGGAGGACAGCGGCGCCCUCGCGUACGUGCUGUCGCAGAUCUCGUCGCUCGGGGAGCUCCCUUUCGCCCUCCGCACCUUCCAGGACGAGCGCAUCAGGCGCAGCGGGGAGAUGCGCGAGGCGAGCUUGGUCAAUGGCCUGAUCUGGCACUUCCCGGACGGGCCCGAGCAGGUGGCCCGGGAUGAGGCGAUGCGGGCUGAGGUCGACGGUGUGCCCUUUGUGAGGAGCGCAAACCAAUGGAGUGACCCUGUGACGCAGUCUUGGACAUAUGGAUAUGAUGCCGAGGAGGCGAUGGGACGGCGGUGGGAUGAAGAGAUCAGCAAGCUUAUCGUACAGCGUUGUCAAGAGUAA